AUGAUUCCCGGCCGGGAAGAGUUGAAAGAGCCAGCGAACAGGCCGUAUACCACGCAGAAGUACAGAACAGGCAGUGACGUCGACAAACCCCAGAUGCAGAAGACGCCCGUCGUUGCCCCGACUGUCAAGAGCAGGCUGCACGUUGAGGGCCUGACGGGCGUAUGUGGGGAGAUAGAUGGCUAUGCCGCCAUUAGUUUUCAAGUUCAGGAAUACCCAGACAUAUUCAAAAUGUCUACUCGGCAGAAAGAACCCCAUAGCCUCAAAAAUAUUGGCCACCUGAUACGACAUAAGAGCCGGCAGAGUCAAUAA